AUGUCACAACAAUGUGGUCCCUUUUUGAAAGGGGAUUUUGCUAUGCGGGCAGUAAGGUACAUUGCGGCAGCCCCAAAAAGUCAAAAGGAAGAAGUUAAAUUUAACACUCUUACUUUACUGCGAGAGAGAUCUCUUAAAGAAAUAAUUCUCUACUGGUCGGAUCGGCACGACACUCCGAACCUCAGUUCAUCAAAACGAUCACAAUUAGCACGUCAGGCUCCAACAUUCACACACACCGUACCAGAACUCUCCAUUUCCUCCUCUUGA